UUCUACAUUUCGUUGAACAUUUGCAGGGGGAGAAUGGAAAAAUGUCUGCUAGAGAUCCAAAUUCUGCCAUUUAUGUGACUGAUUCAGCAAAAGAGAUAAAAAACAAGAUAAACAGAUAUGCAUUUUCUGGUGGGCAAGACUCAAUUGAGUUGCACAGACAGUACGGAGCGAACUUGGAGGUUGAUAUACCAUUUAAGUAUCUUGGCUUUUUCCUGGACGAUGAUGCUGAGCUGCAACGCAUUAGAGAGGAAUAUGGGUCUGGACGUAUGCUAACAGGUGAAGUGAAAAAGAGGCUUACUGAAGUUCUAACAGAUCUAGUUGAAAGACAUCGACGGGCUAGGUCGUUGGUGACUGAUGAGGGAUAAAAACACGAAGGGGGUCGUGAGGUUCUUCUUAUUCAAGAUGGUAGAUGCUUUCAUGGCCAUUAGACCUCUUCCUAAUAUGUUCAGCUGAAUGGGGGGAAUUUUCGUCAUGUCGAGAUGUUCUUUCUUGAGGCAACUAGUCAUUGUUUCUCUCGAUUUACUGAGAGGUUUUUCUUCUUUAAUUGUAAUUUCUUUUUUAUUUUCAUGUAUUUUUAUAACUCGGAAAAUUCUGUUAUAUUUGCAAAAACAAAGUCAUGAAGGUGGCUUUGCACUUCCGUUCUCUCAUAUGAAUUUUACACUGUUUCGAGGAUCCUAAUGCUUUAAGUUUGGUCAAAUACUAGAUUUUCUACCACAACCGAUCUUGGUAGAAGGAUUUGUGGUAACUCUAACAUGAUUUAUUUUCUAAUCAUUUGUAUCCCUUUUUGUCUGGCA